CGAAGGGGGGGUCCCGGCCAUUUUUCUACGCAAACGCAAACAGAUGGCUUGCAGAUGUUCCUCAUGGGUCCCCACAUAAGACAAUCGAAGCGCCCAGGAAUUCUGAAAAGCAAGAAGCUGAUCGCCGCACUCGAUUUUACCGUGCUGCUGCUUAUCAAGAGAGCUGUCGCGGCGAUCAGCCCCCAAUUCGGAAGAAUCGAAACGAAUCGAUCGAUCUUGAGUUUUGAGGCCCGACGCAGUACUCAACUUUUCGUCUGCUGAGUGCUGAGCAUAGUUUCCAGUGUUGUGUGCGUACGGACGGAGGUGUCCGAGUGGCGCGUUCCAGCAUGGACAGAGAGUGACCGCAGCUAGGAAAUGGUCGGACGGGUGUCGAUUUUGCUGGCAGUGCUGGCGGCGGUGGUCGGCCGGACGAGCGGCGCCUCGCCGAUCCAGUCGUCGCGGGUGUCCGACAAGGACAGUCUGCCGCACCACGAGCGCUGCGAGGCCAUCACGAUCCCCUUCUGUCUGGACAUGCCGUACAACCAGACCAUCAUGCCCAACCUGCUGAACCAGCAGAAGCAGGAGGACGCGGGCCUCGAGGUCCACGUCUACUUCCCCCUGGUCAAGGUCAACUGCAGUCCCGACCUGCAGUUCUUCCUGUGCAGCGUGUACGCGCCGGUCUGCACGGUCCUCGAGUACCCGCUUCCUCCGUGCCGCUCGCUGUGUCUGUCGGCCAAGAACGGCUGCGAGAGUUUGAUGAACCGCUUCGGCUUCCAGUGGCCUGAGGGCCUCGACUGCAACAAAUUCCCCAACCCGACCGACGGCAACAUCUGCGUCGGCGAGAACAAGACCAGUUCGGCCGCCCCCGGCGGCGGACACCACCAGGACCCUGGCGGCCUCGGACACUGGGACAACACCCUCGCCGGUGUCGACACCUUUCCCACUCACCUGGGAAAACUCCCCUCCCCAGGCUUCAACCCUUCUCCGAGUGACUUCAGUCCGAAUCCUGCUUAUCCCAGAGGAUACCCUUCAGAUGGAGGCAGAUACAGAUACGGAUUCGCGUGUCCUGAGCAGUUCAGGGUUUCGAAGGACCUGGACUACACCCUCCGGGUGGGCACCAUCGAGGAGAAGGACUGUGGCGCGCCGUGCGACGAGAUGUUCUUCAGCAACCAGGAGAAGCAGUUUGCGCGCGUGUGGAUCGGCGUGUGGUCCGUGCUGUGCCUGGUGUCCUGCCUCUUCACCGUGCUCACCUUCCUCUUCGACACGAACCGCUUCCGCUACCCUGAGCGGCCCAUCAUCUUCCUCUCAGGCUGCUACCUGGCCGUGUCGGCCGCCUACGUGGCCGGCUUCAUUCGAGGCGACCAAAUCGCGUGCAGGGACCCUUUUCCGCCGCCGUCCAACCUGCCGAGGCUGCAAAUGGUGUCCACCGUGACCCAGGGCACCAAGCACCAGGCCUGCACCAUUGUCUUCAUGGUCCUCUACUUCUUCAGCAUGGCCUCCUCCAUCUGGUGGGUGGUUCUCACCCUCACCUGGUUCCUGGCCGCCGGCCUCAAGUGGGGCCACGAGGCCAUCGAGGCAAACUCGCAGUACUUCCACCUGGCCGCCUGGGCCGUCCCUGCCGUCAAGACCAUCACCGUCCUUGCCAUGGGAAAGGUCGAAGGUGACGUCCUGAGCGGGGUGUGCACCGUCGGCCAGUGGGACCCGACCGCCCUCCGAGGUUUCGUGUUGGUGCCUCUGCUGAUCUACCUGAUGCUGGGCACCAUCUUCCUGCUGGCCGGAUUUGUGUCCCUCUUCCGCAUCCGCACGGUCAUGAAGCACGACGGCACCAAGACGGACAAACUGGAAAAGCUUAUGAUCCGGAUAGGGGUGUUCUCAGUGCUGUACCUGGUGCCGGCCGCCUCGGUGCUCGGCUGCCUGUUCUACGAGCAGUACUACCACGACAAGUGGAUGCUCACGUGGAACUACGAGAUGUGCAAGGCGCACAAUUCAUACUCCAUCCCGUGCCCCCCGCCCCUGGCGUCCGGAAAGCCCCUCGAGCUGAUGAAACCCAACUUUGAGGUUUUCAUGAUCAAGUACUUGAUGGCGCUCAUUGUCGGCAUCACCUCCAGCUUCUGGGUCUGGUCCGGCAAGACCCUGCUCACCUGGAAGAACUUUUUCCUCAGGUUCAGGUCGCGCCGGGCCGAGGCCUACGUGUGAACUGCUGUGUCGAGGAGGAAUCUCCAUUUGUUGGGAAAAGAACUGUCAGUGCCAUUUUUCCUAAUCAUGCCAGUUUGAAAAGCAAACGGACUUUUCUUUCUUAUUGAUCUAAUUUGAAGUGUCAGGUUGAAGAUAUUUGACCUUUGAAAUUUCAUUUGUACUUUGAUUCUUUCUUUGUUACGCCCUGACAUUUCAGCAGCUUUUUACUAUGACGCUUUAUUUUCUUGAGAUGAUCCAUCGAAAAGGUGCUAUAAUGAGCUAAUAUUGUGUACGUUUUGUAAUUACAAAUCUUUUUUGUACAGUUUUUUUUCAAGUACCUUUCCAAUCUUCAGUUUUUAGUUGUAGAAGUUAGUUUGAUAAUGUGUAAAACUGAUUCCGUCACAACUGUUUGCGAGAGAAGUAAAACUAAUAUUUUUCUGCCACUCAAGACUGACUAUGCAACUAAAGUAGCAAAAUUUCCAUGGAAAAUUUGUAUUUUUCGCAGCGUCUGUGUUUAUACAGGCAGUUGACGACUCAAAAUUCAACAAAGUGCUCGAUUUGAAUUGCUCGCCGAGCCACUUUAUGCAGCUUAUGCAAAUAUUUAUCGAUUUACAAACAAAAGUGACAAAAUUCUCUCUGCUCGUGCAUUUGAUUCAUUGUUGAUCUGAUGAGUGUGUUCGCUAAAAGGUUUAAACAGCAAUUGAAGAAUGCUUCGGAGUUGCAAGAGCUUCAGAAUAUUUGUGAAUCCACAGUUGUAUAUUUAUUGGGUUAGAGAGACAGUUGAGAGAACUCAUUCAUUGUUAGCCUUUAUGACAUGCAUGGACACUUAAACAACUCGAAUGUAAAAGCAUGUUUAUUUAUGAAAUCUAUUCUAUGAAAUAAAAUCAGGAUAUUGUAUAGAAACU